AUGAUUAAAACUCUGUUGCUCGUAUGCGUAUUGCUCCGUCGCCUUGACGUUGGGGCGGCAAUACCGCACGGAGGAUCAAACUCGCACCCCAUCUCGAUGACGACGUUUAGUACACUUCGACCCCCUUCCGGUUUGUUGCCUGCAAUUCAGACGUCAAAGCUUGGAAGUGAAUUUCCAGCUUCGCUUGCGGACUACUCGGAAGUUGUUGUUGACGCCGCGCCCAGUCACGCGCGUGGGCAAACGCGGAAAGCGAAGACGAAGGGGACAACUCUAUUGAUGACCGCUGGGGGUUUGGCUUUGUUGGCCGUUUUGGGGACAGCGGUUGCUGAUCACGUUGAUCGACAGAAUGAAGGCACCGUGACUAGUUAUGAGCACGAUGAGAGGAUGGAAACAGCAAGGAGUAUGUUAGGCGUCACGCGCAUAAUGGCUAUUGUCGCGGCAGCCAUGGGCGGUGCACAGUUUUUGUUCUACAAGGCAAAAAACUGGAAAAAGUCAAGAAAUUAA